AAGCAGAGCAGAACAGUCUAGCGAUCGGGGAGCGUGAGUGGAUGUUUGCAAUUGCCGCAGGAGUGACAGGGUAAUGAAAAAGAAGAAGAGUGAACAAGCUUGCAAGACUGAACAGAACUAGCGUUUCUGAAACCAGUUAACCGUUUGGUUGUGUGGUUGAAGCGAGCGAAGAUGAGGAUUAUGAUAAAGGGCGGUGUUUGGAAAAACACCGAAGAUGAAAUCCUGAAAGCUGCUGUUAUGAAGUAUGGGAAGAAUCAGUGGGCUCGAAUCUCUUCGCUUCUCGUUCGUAAAUCCGCCAAACAAUGCAAAGCUCGCUGGUACGAGUGGCUUGAUCCUUCUAUCAAAAAGACUGAGUGGACGAGAGAAGAGGAUGAGAAACUACUUCAUCUUGCUAAGCUUAUGCCUACGCAGUGGAGAACAAUUGCUCCAAUUGUUGGUCGUACCCCGUCGCAGUGUCUUGAGCGGUAUGAGAAGCUCCUUGAUACUGCCUGUGUGAAGGAUGAGAACUAUGACCCCGGUGAUGAUCCUCGGAAAUUGCGUCCUGGGGAGAUUGAUCCAAACCCUGAGUCGAAACCUGCACGUCCGGAUCCUGUUGAUAUGGAUGAAGAUGAAAAGGAGAUGCUUUCUGAAGCUCGAGCCCGGUUGGCCAACACAAAGGGGAAGAAAGCGAAAAGGAAAGCCAGGGAGAAACAGCUUGAGGAAGCCAGGAGGCUUGCUUCUUUACAAAAAAAGAGAGAAUUGAAAGCUGCUGGAAUCGAUAUCAGGCAGCGGAAGAGGAAAAGGAGGGGAAUUGACUACAAUGGUGAAAUUCCAUUUGAAAAAAGGCCACCUCCAGGGUUUUUUGAUGUUACUGAUGAAGAUAGACCAGUGGAACAGCCAAAGUUCCCCACUACUAUUGAAGAACUUGAGGGAAAAAGGAGGGUUGAUGUUGAGACACAGCUAAGAAAGCAGGACAUUGCCAAAAAUAAAAUUGCACAAAGGCAAGAUGCUCCAUCUGCUAUACUGCAUGCCAACAAGUUGAAUGACCCAGAAACGGUAAGAAAGAGAUCAAAACUGAUGCUUCCGCCCCCCCAGAUUUCUGAUCAGGAAUUGGAGGAAAUUGCAAAGUUGGAUUAUGCCAGUGACCUUGCAGGGAAUGAGGAACCUGUGGAAGGUGGUGGUGCAACACGUGCUCUUCUGGCUAAUUAUGCUCAAACACCUGGCCAAGGAAUGACUCCUUUACGUACCCCUAAGAGAACACCAGCUGGUAAAGGAGAUGCUGUUAUGAUGGAAGCUGAAAAUCUGGCCAGGUUGAGAGAGUCUCAGACACCGUUGUUAGGAGGAGAGAACCCAGAGCUGUAUCCUUCGGAUUUUUCUGGGGUCACUCCUAAGAAAAAGGAGAUUCAGACUCCAAAUCCGAUGCUGACUCCUUCUGCAACUCCUGGUGGCGAAGGUCUCACUCCUAAAAUUGGUAUGACACCAGCAAGAGAUGGUUUAACUUUUAGCAUGACGCCGAAGGGAACUCCUCUUAGGGAUGAGCUACAUAUUAAUGAGGAAAUGAAUAUGCAUGAAAGCACUAAACUUGAGCUACAGAGACAAGCUGAUGUAAGAAGAAGUUUGCGCUCUGGUUUAGGAAGGCUUCCACAGCCUAAAAAUGAGUACCAGAUCAUGAUGCAGCCAGUUCCAGAAGAUGCUGAAGAGCCAGAGCAGAAGAUUGAAGAGGAUAUGUCUGAUAGAAUAGCUAGAGAAAAGGCAGAAGAAGAGGCAAGGCAGCAGGCAUUACUUAGAAAGAGAUCAAAAGUUCUUCAAAGGGAACUUCCCAGGCCUCCUGCUGCGUCAUUGGAGCUUAUAAGAAAUUCCUUGAUGAGAGCUGACGGGGACAAGAGUUCCUUUGUUCCACCAACCUCUAUUGAGCAAGCUGAUGAGAUGAUUAGAAGGGAGCUUCUAACUUUACUGGAGCAUGACAAUGCGAAGUAUCCACUUGGUGAGAAAGUGCAUAAGGAGAAAAAGAAAGGAGCCAAGCGCACAGUAAACAAGCCUGCUGUCCCUGUGAUAGAAGAUUUUCAGGAGGAUGAAAUAAAAGAUGCUGACAAGUUGAUAAAGGAAGAGGCCCAGUUUCUCUGUGUAGCAAUGGGACAUGAAAGUGAACCCCUUGAUGAGUUUAUUGAAGCUCACAGAACUUGCCUUAAUGAUCUUAUGUACUUUCCUACCCGUAAUGCCUAUGGUCUCUCAAGUGUUGCUGGGAACAUGGAAAAGCUAGCAGCUUUGCAGAAUGAAUUUGAGAAUGUGAGAAACAAAUUGGAUGAUGGCAAGUAUAAGUCAGUAGACUCAGUACGGCUUGAGAAGAAGGUGAUGGUUCUCACACAAGGUUAUGAGAUGAGAGUAAAAAAGAGCCUCUGGCCUCAAAUUGAGGCUACUUUCAAGCAGAUGGACAUAGCUGCAACAGAAUUAGAAUGCUUUGAAGCUUUGCAAAAGCAGGAGCAAGUAGCAGCAUCUCACAGGAUAAAUAAUCUAUGGGCUGAAAUACAGAAGCAAAAGGAACUUGAGAAAACUUUGCAAAUUGGGUAUGGGAGUCUAAUAGAAGAGCUGGAAAAGAUACAAAAUAUCAUGGACCAAUACAGAUUACAAGCACCAAAGCAAGAAAAAAUUGAAGCAAACAAUCAUGUUUGUGAGUCAACUGAGACUGCAGCCAGUGAAAUGGAUAAUAUACAGGGUACAGAGAUUUGUAAAGUUGUGCCUCACACGGUGGAGCAUGGACAUGCUCUUGAAGUUGAUCCAUCUCAUGAUGGAACUGCUGACCAGGAAGUAGAUAUUGUGCAGGAUCAGGCUACUUGUAGCCCCAAAAAUGACAUGGUUGUGGAUUCUGAUAAAAUGCAAAUGACACACGGCUUUGAUGUUAAGUUGCCAGAUGCUACACCCAUUGCAGAAGAUGUCAAUAAAAAAGUGGAAGUGGAAGGUGCCGGUACUGAUGCCAACAAUGGAGAGACCAUGCUAGAAAUGGGUGCUGCUGUGGAAACAGGUAGUUAUGAGAGAAACAAGGAUCAAGAUGUAGUUGUGGAAGCUGUAAAUUCACAAGGUAACAGCAUGCAAGAAACCACCGCUUUUGAUGAGAAGGAUAAGAUGCAAGUUGCUGAUGGCAGAGGGGAGGAGGCAAAUAGACUGUAGACUGUGUAGCCCGUUCUGAUAUUAAAGUAUGACGGACAUUAGGCUGCCUAGUUUCUCGAUUCAGAUAUCAGUGAGCGUUUAACUGAAUGUUUCAUGGAGAAUGAGUCCUCGUUUUUUGGAACGUAUCUUAACUAAAGAUGGCUUGAGUUGAUGCUAAGAUUUUGUGAUUAUCACUAAUCAAAUUCUGCAAUAAACUGUACUUGUUCGUUGUUUUCCUCAAAUUUUGUCCUUUUUGCCUUCCACUUUGUAGAUUUUGGUAAUGUGCUCUUCCACGUUAAAGAAUGACAGGAUUUUAUCAAUGUUAUAGAUUUUAAUCGAGUUUGGUUGCUGUGUAGUAAAACUGUAUUAUUUGGUGCGAUAAAUUAUCCACUGGUUUAUGUAAGUAAAUAAUCAUGUACCUUACUAUUUUAAUCUGACUGUGUUGUAUUUCAUACAGUAAAAUUGAAUUUGAUAUGAUAAGUUCGCGGUUAUUUGUAUGGACCGAAAGGUGAUUUAGUGCACAAACACCUGCAGGUUUAACGAUGAGGGACCAAACUCAGUUCAAUCUUUCAUAUACAUAUUGGAUUAAUUGUUCUCAAUGAUUUUUUUAUCCCUUACCAUAAGUUAAGCCAUUUUCAGUUUAAAAUGUAGUUUCAUAAAUUCUUUG